AUGGAUAGUGUACGGCAGCACAUAGCCUCUCGGGGCUAUGGCGUCAAUGCCACUUACAUCUACGAAUAUUCAAGAGGCUUGAGCGGAGUGGACGUGCCUCGAGAUCAUCUGUUUACCCAGAUCAUCUACGCGUCUUUGACAAUUCUGGCGUUCGUCGUGUUCUGCGGACGAAUUGCACAGAUUAGCCAUGCCUAUCUUCGCCAUAUCACCUCUCUGACGGCAAGCAAACGAGAACAGACUUUCUGGAGUGUUGAGGUAUCACCUGCCUGGACAAAUUUUAAGAAGCAUAUGUUGUAUGCACCCCUGGGAAGGAAGAGACACAACCGGGAACUUCAGCUUUCGUCGGCCAUCGGCGUGGGCACAGUGCCUUCCAGAUUCCAAACCAUCUUCGUUGGUUUAUACCUCGUUAGCCAGAUUGCCUAUUGUGUUAUUCUCGACUACAGGGUGAACGUUAAGGCGGCCCUUGUCGCCGAGCUCCGUGGUCGUUCCGGGACGCUGGCCGUUCUCAACAUGGUCCCUCUCUUCCUCCUGGCUGCCCGCAACAACCCACUCAUUCCCCUGUUGCACAUUAGCUUCGAUACCUAUAAUCUGCUUCACCGUUGGCUUGGCCGGAUUGUUGUUAUUGAGAGCGUUGUGCACACGGCCGCGUGGGCGGUCAAUGCAUGUGACGAAGUCAGCUUCGCUGACAUGCUUGCACGCCUCCGCGACACUCCGUUCUUCACCUGGGGAUUAGUCGGGACUGUCGCAAUGGUGGUUCUCGGACUCCAUUCCCCGUCUCCAAUCCGGCACGCCUUUUACGAGACCUUCUUGCAUAUCCACCAACUCUGUGCUCUGUUUGCAUACAUUGGUGUCAUCAUGCACCUGGAUCUUGACAAUCUACCCCAGAAGCCUUGGCUCAUUGCCGUUGGCUUGAUGUGGCUGUUGGAGCGGCUGGCUCGCCUCGGCCGGAUAGCAUACCUGAACAUCUCUCCCAGCAAAGGUUCUACAACUCUGACCGUCGAAGCCCUCCCCGGCGAAGCCUGCAGAGUGACUUUUCAACUUCCCAAGCGCGUUCACGUUGGUGCAGGUAGCCAUGUGUAUGCCUACAUUCCCAGCGUUGCUCUCUGGAUGUCGCAUCCUUUCUCUGUCGCUUGGGUUGAGCCCAGCGAGUCUGUGACGGCCCCAGCCGUCACCGGAACAGCCUCCGACCUCGAGAAGCAGCCUAUCUCUGAUCUGGACAAGUACAUGAAGGCCCAUCAGCAACCGACGUCGGUGUCUCUCAUCAUGGGUGCUCGCCAAGGCAUGACCCGUAAACUGUACAACAAAGCCCUCGCAGCACCCAGUCAAACGCUCCACCUGUCGGGCUUCAUCGAGGGGCCGUAUGCCUCCCACGCUGUCAACUUGGCCAGCUACGGCACUGCGGUCCUCUUCUCGGCCGGCGCCGGCAUCACCCAUCACAUGCUCUCCGUGCGUGAUCUCAUCAUCCGCUCCACCGAAGGCCGUGCUGCGACUCAGAAGAUCUACCUUGUCUGGUCCGUUCGCAGCACAGAGCACCUCGCCUGGGUGCGAGAAUGGAUGGAUCAGAUCCUUCGGUUGCCGGGCCGCCGGGAGAUCCUGACGAUCAAGCUCUUCGUCUCGAAGCCCAAAUCCUCUCGGGAGAUCGUCUCGCCCAGUGCCACCGUGCAGAUGUUCCCUGGACGGUGCAAAGCCGACGUCGUCCUCGACGAAGUCAUUCCUGAGCGCGUUGGCGCCACCGUUGUCUCCGUCUGUGGUCCAGGUGCUUUCGCCGAUGAAGUCCGUGCAGCUGCCCGAUCUCGUAUCGGAAAGGGUGCUGUGGUCGAUUUUGUCGAGGAAGCCUUCACGUGGUAG